AUCGAAAGGGAUUUACUCACCACCUUGCCUCCCGAGGAUGAUGCUGAAGCACAUUCCGAAGCCUCGCCUUUGGUUGACGCUAGAACUCGCACAAAUGCAAUUUUCAUACCAGCGCUUGACAAAGAACUCGCAAAGAUCAACACAUUCUAUCUCAGUAAAGAGAAAGAACUCUUCAAAGAAGUUGAAGUACUCGUCCAGGAUUAUGCUGUGUUUGAAAAUCUCCAAGAUUCUGUAAGCAUCCAUAGCAACUCGAUGAUUCUUAGCCGGUCUUAUCAAUCAUCUGAUGGAAUGAAUACCCUCGGACGCUCUACUGAUGGAAUGAAUACUCUCGGACGUUCAUCCGAUGGAAUGAAUACUCUGGGACGCUCAUCCGAUGGAAUGAAUACUCUUGGACGUUCAUCCGACGUGAUGAAUACUCCCGGACGCUCUCGUUUUAGUAGUGAUGAUGAAGAGGAGCAUACUGUGAGGAGGAGAUUUUCCGCCGAUGAUGUGCUCAAUAAUACCUCGACUGAUGGCAGACGAAUUUCAACAAUUUUUUGGGGUCCUCCUUCAAUCGAAGAUCAAAGGAUACAUCUAAAGAGACGUACUAUUGAACUUUUCGUUUGGUUAUCGGAGCUCAAAUCAUUUGUUUCUUUGAAUCAGACGGGGUUUUCAAAAAUUUUAAAAAAGUAUGAUAAGGUUACUGAUAGUAAUCUCAGGGGUUCAUAUAUGAACACUGUAGUGAGUGCCGCCUAUUCGUUUAGGCCUUCGACCAAACAGACCCUCGAGGAAAAAAUAUUAAAAGUUCAGGAGAUUUAUGCUAAUUUAUGUACAAAUGCCGAUAUGGACAUUGCCAUGCGUGAGCUUAAAAUUCAUCUGAGGGAAUUCAUAGUGUGGGAAAGAAAUACUAUUUGGAGAGAUAUCAUCGGCUUGGAAAGAAGAUCGCACGCUGUUGGCAUAAAAGCUCCGGUGACUGUGGAUAAAUUGGCUGAAUCAGGAGCUAAAGUUAAAACACCUUUUGGUGAAUUUUCAGUGUCAGACACUUUUUGGAGAGAUAUUUUCUUGUUGAUACUAUGUAUUGCAGCAUUUUUGAUUCUAUUGAAUUUGAAUCUAUUUAAGAAAGAAGAACAAAGAAAUUGUUUUGCAUUACUCGUGUUCGCCAGUCUUCUUUGGUCGACAGAGGUUAUACCACUUUUUGUCACAUCUCUUUUAAUUCCCUUGAUGGUAGUGUGUUUGGGCGUCUUGCGUGAGGACAAAGCACCGCACAUAAGGCUUGAUGCAGUAGUUGCAGCCAAGUAUAUAUUCUCAUCCAUGUUUUCACCUGUCAUCAUGUUAUUAUUGGGAGGGUUCUCCAUUGCUGGAGCAUUAAGUAAGUAUCACAUCGCUAAAAUCAUGGCAACAUAUGUGUUGUCGAAAGCUGGAACAAAACCGCACUUUGUUCUUUUGGCGAACAUGCUUGUUGCGACCUUUGCAAGCAUGUGGAUAAGUAAUGUUGCCGCACCCGUUCUGUGUCUCUCAUUGAUUCAGCCUGUCCUACGUAACUUACCACCCAACAAUUCAUUUGGUCGAUGUCUUAUAUUGGGUAUCGCACUAGCAUCGAAUGUUGGUGGUAUGGCUUCGCCAAUAUCUUCACCGCAAAACAUUAUUGCGAUAGAGAAUAUGAAACCUAAGCCUACUUGGAUUCAAUGGUUUGUCGUGUCUAUCCCUUUGUGCAUUAUUGUGGAUCUCUUGAUCUGGUUAUUGCUACUUUGGAAUUACCAGACAUCGAAAAACUCUCUAAAGAUUCAUCCAAUUAGAUCUGCCAGGGAUCCAUGGACAGGAGUUCAAAUCUUUGUAAUCAUAGUUACCUUGGGCACAAUAUUUUUGUGGUGCAUCGAACGGCAAAAGAAUGUCGAGGGAUUUUUCGGUGAUAUGGGAAUUAUUGCCAUCAUACCUUUGGUUUUAUUCUUUGGCACAGGAGUUCUCACCAAAGAAGAUUUCAAUAAUUUCUUGUGGACGGUGAUUGUUCUUGCUAUGGGUGGGAUAGCGCUUGGCCGUGCUGUCCAAAGCUCAGGAUUGCUACAUACCAUUGCCAAAGAUAUUGAAUCAAUGGUUCGCAUUUUGGACGUGUGGCAAAUAUUAGUGAUAUUCGCUUUGCUGGUGCUUGUAGUGGCCACAUUCAUUAGCCAUACGGUAGGCGCCCUGAUUAUUUUACCUAUCGUGGCUCAAGUUGGCGCCGGAUUAAGCGAACCGCACCAGAACUUGCUAGUUAUGGGAUCUGCACUGAUGUGUUCUGUUGCGAUGGGCUUACCCGUGUCCGGGUUUCCAAACAUGAACGCAAUCAUGAUGGAAGACGAAAUGGGAGUACGCUAUUUGACCACCUAUGACUUUAUAAAAUCAGGCGUGCCCGGAUCUUUCCUUGGAUUUUUCUCGGUGGUUACUAUUGCAUAUCUAAUAAUGUUGUUUUUAGGAUUUUGA